AAAUUGAAUCGCUAAUGUUACAGCCUUGGCCGUUAUUCUGCUGGGGGAGCUGGCCUCGGCUGUGCCUCAGCGAUCCCUGUGCUCCUCAGUUAAUCGGAAGUUUGGCCAAGGUGAGAAUUCCACGAACCUUGCCCUUCGGCGGAGAAGUCCCCUACUGUAGCCCUCAAAAAGGAUCUCACUUAGGGUCUCGUGGUAACAGAUGAGACUACCCUAAUGCUGCGCUUCACAGCCGUGUUAGUCAGCGUGUUUCCAUUAGAGCAACAAUACUUCAGCCUGAGCUCUGUGGGGACGAAGGAACCUGUCAGGAGAGCAGAAGCUGGCCUCAUUGCCACCACAUUCAGGUGUUCCCAUCUCUGAAGGGGGGAGGCAAAUAUGUCACCUGCUACACAUAACAACGAAGAGGACAAGGACAAGUUUGAAGAUGCUUAUGAAGUGAUCCCGGUGGCAACAACAAUGAAUUUACUGUCUUCCCUAGAAGAAAGCACAACCGGACUAUACUUGUUUCUAAAUAACAAGUUCUCAGAUGCCAUAAACCUCAUUUAUCCCUGGUCUCAUGACAGCAUGUACCAUGCUCUGAUUUAUGACAUCCUCAUGGUGGUCAAGGCCAUCCUGACUUUUGAACCCCAGGAUAUACAUAUUGGAAUGACCACUGCAAGAAACGCCUUGAAAACCUGCAACCGGUUCCGAGGAAAAUCCAGGCUAACGUUUUCAUCCCAUGUAGGGUUUAAACAGGGAAUCAGAUCUGUCAGAGAAGAGGAAUUGCAUGCAGAAGUCUGCUAUGCAGAGUGCUUGAUCUUGAAAUCCGCAGUAACAUUUAUUCAGGAUGACUCUAUGCUUGGCUUUCUCAAAAACGGGAUUAACGUUGGACUGAGUUACCAAAUAUACAAAAACUGUCAGCAAAUCUUAAUACAGAUACCGAACCACCAAAGCAAAGCCCAUAAACAUCUCGUGGGAGGUAUCAAGUUUGGACUUGGAGCAUUCAAUCUGAUAUUAUCCCUUGUGCCGCCAAGGACACUUAAAUUGCUCAAUAUGGUGGGCUAUUCUGGUGACAGGGAGAUAGGCUUGGCUUUGCUUCAUGAGAGCGCAUCUGAGAACCAUAUCAAUAAUAUCUUAAGUGUUUUUACUCUACUCUUCUAUUACAAUUACAUUUCCAUAGCCUUUGGUAUUGGAAAAGGUUACCUUUCCAAUUCUGCUACUGAGGGUCUCUUCCUAACCAACCUUCAGAAAUUUCCAAACUGUGUCAUUCUUAUAUUUUUCCAUGCACGUUUUAGAAUGCUGACGGGACACUUUGAAUUAGCCCAGGAAAAGUUACGGCAGUGCAUUUUUAUUCAGAAUGAAUGGCAGCAGAUCAAUCACCUCUGUUACUGGGAACUCAUGUGGUGCCACAUUUUCCUGCAGCAGUGGAAGGAGGCUUACCACUUAGCCAGGUUGCUGUCUGAACACAGCCGAUGGUCCAAGGCCAUCUCUACAUACAGCCAGGCCGUCAUACUGGCCGUGCUUCCCUCUGUUUCUGUAAGUGAAGACAUGAAUGCGCUUUUUUUAAAAGUGGAUAGCCUGAGAAUAAGGAUUUUUGGAACUUCUGUGCCCAUCGAGAAGUUUGUUGCUGAGAAAGGUGAGCGCUACGGUACUACUACCGACUGGUUCACAGCACAGCCCAUCCUGGAGUUCCUGUACGCCUGGAGCGGCUUCCGAGUCAUGAGCAAAAGGCUAGACCUUGUCUCCAAAUGGCUCUCCAUCAUCGACAAAGGAGAAAACAUGUUAAGAGAAAACCCAAGUAAAGAGUAUGGUGAGGACGACAUAACUUUGAUAAAUUUAUUGAAAGGCCUAUGCCUGAAACACAUGGGCAAAUAUUGGGAAGCUGAGCAGCACUUUAACCACGUCAUCCAAAGGGAGAAGUUGUUGAGAUAUGAUCGCUAUUUGGUGCCAUAUGCGUACUAUGAACUGGGGAUCCUACAUUACCUAAAAAGGGAUUAUGCCAGUGCACUAAAAAGUCUAGACAACAUCAAAAACUACAAAGACUAUGCCAUGGAGGCCCGGUUGCAAUUCAGGGCUCACAUUGCCCAGGAACAAAUAACCAAAGAAACAGCUGCCUGAACCCAAAACCUGGUUUCCCACAGUCUGCAGGAACUAGCCACCCCAAGUAAGGUAACGAAUGCAUAGAUGACUCAUUUCUUUGUGGAAGAAACUCAAGAAGAUGCAGCCGUUAAGAAGCUGCUGACCAGUAACAACGAAGAAAGGGAUUGGCCGCUGCCCUUGCCCCUUUCCCUGUUCCGUAUCUAUAAAGUGGAAUGUCUCAGACUGGCAAACGGAGUGAUGCACAUUCUUGAAAAUGAAAAGGUAAAUGCUUCACCUUCUAGAAUAUACCCUGCUAUGUGAUGCGUUUUCCAGUUAGGUUACACAGCAUUUCCCAAAGUGUAAGUGAGAUUCUUUAAUGUCUCUCAAAGCAAUGUUUACAGCUCCCAAAGAAUACAGGUCCAAUAGCUACACUAGAGAUCUCCGCACCUUGUAAAUGUUUUGUAUCUAAUCGCUUUUUAAAAAACGACUUCAAGGGUCUUACUGACACGUCAAA